AUGGCAUUAGUAAGAAUGCUCAGCAUUUUGGUACUGCUGGUUUUGGGAUUGGCAAUGACACAAAGGUAUUUGGUGUCUGGCAGUUCACCUAGCUGCAAUUUCUCUGCUAUCUACAAUUUCGGGGAUUCAAACUCGGACACUGGAGGCCGCUCGGCUGCGUUUACACAAAUUCCACCUCCCUAUGGCGAAACCAACCUUGGCAAUCCUCCCAAGAGAUUAUCCAAUGGGCAUGUCAUCCUCGAUUUCAUAAUUUGUGCAGCUGAGAGACUAGGACUACCUUACAUGAGUGCAUACUUGGACUCCAUAGGGACAAACUUUCGAUGCGGCGCAAACUUCGCCACCGGAGACUCCUCCAUUCUACCUGGUCCUUUCAGCCCUUUUGAUCUUGGGAUUCAGAUCUCCCAAUUCAAACAGUUCAAGUCACGCACAACAGAACUCUACAAGAAUUUGAGUGAUUCUGGUGAGCCGUUAUAUCCUUCAACUUUCUGCAGUUCAUUAGCCAGAAUUAUGGCACAUCAAGCAAGUAAUAUGCAUGUGCCAAUUAAUCCAAUUAAGAGUCCCCAUAAUCACAUUUGCUUCAGUUUGUGCACAAAUCUGAAUAAUUUUAACAUGACAGUAGAUCAAAUUGUCGCUGCAAUUCCUGGCAUCCUCGACGGAUUCGAAGCAGCAAUACAACAACUCUAUGGCGAAGGAGCAAGAGCUUUCUGGAUACAUAACACCGGUCCAAUUGGAUGUUUGCCUUUCAUGGCUCUACCAUUUAAAUUUAGAAACGGCACCCUUGACCAGAAUGGCUGCAUCGCUUAUCAAAACAAUGUAGUUCAGGAAUUCAAUCAGCAGCUUAAAGAAAGGGUAGACCAGCUAAAAAAUAAUCUCUCUACGGCUGCAUUCACAUACGUCGACGUAUAUUCAGCCAAGCUCUCGCUGAUAAGUGAUGCUAAAAACCAAGGUAAUCUUCCACAUAUCAAAGGGUACUACUUCUCUCAGGCUACACUUAAUGAGAAAAUCUAUGAGACUACUGCUGUGGUACAAGUGAAUGGAACCACCAUUCAUGGAGAUGCUUGUGGCGAUCCUCAGGAUCGAAUUAGCUGGGACGGCAUACAUUUCACGGAUGCAGCCAAUUCAUGGAUCGCUUCACGCAUCCUCAAUGGUUCCAUGUCUGACCCACCUGUACCAGUCGCCAAUGCUUGUCCAUAACUUACAGCGCAAUAUUGAAGAUGUCAGAUCCAAAAGAUGCAAAGAAAAGGGAAUGAAAAAUCGUCCCUUUCCUUUUAUAAUUUCUGGUCAUUAACUCCUAAAUAAAACGUCACUCCCGUGGGAGCACAUGUCAUGUAAUAUUCACAUGGAAAAUAAUACAGGAAAAGAACCAGAAUGUGGACAUUAUGAAAGCUCUAGGGCUUGAUUCUUGUUUGAGUUCAAUACUGGAGGUCCAGACCAAGUUUUGGGCCUUAUGCAAGGAACAUAUUUGAGACAUCUCAUGUUA